UGUGAAUGGCAAACUUAUGAUGAUGGGUGGAUAUGGUCCAAUGACAUCAGACAGACGACAUUCACAAGCUGAAGACAAGGAGAGUAGAUCCAUGAGUGGUUGGAACAAUGAAUUGUGGUUAUUUGAUCCUGAGACAGAUUGUCGGUCUCCAGUGUGUGUGACUAGUUCUAAACCAUCUCCACGUGCUGGUCACACACUGACAGCUGUGGAUGAGAAAAGAGUCAUCUUGUUUGGUGGCUUGGAUGUGUUUAUCUGUGUUGCAAUUGUGGCCACAACCAAGAAGUCUCCACGUUAUGUGUACAAUAUGCUGUAAAGAUGAAGAGAUUAAGGUGUUACUGAUGGGAGGAUGGGAUGAAAGUGUUAUGAAAGACUGUUGGAUGAUAGAUGCGAUGAGAGGCAGCAUUGAGAAGCUUAUGAUUGAUGGUGACGUGUUUGCUCGCUGUGCUCAUUCUUUUGGUUGUGUUACACUAUCAGAUGACACGGUAGCCAUCAGUGUAUUUGGUGAUCGUUUCUCAUCUAAUUCUGUUAUCUCCAGUCCAUGUUUCUAUCAGUGGAAUCCUCAUCAUCCAUCAGUUCUUCAUAAUGGUUUUCCAGCAGCAGGAGAUGCUCUACGUGCUGUUUCUUCUGAGUCAACAAGUGCCUUACUUGCUGGUGAGACAAGUCAAGAGGUGACAGUCACAUGUUAAACAUGAAAACAUGUUGGUUGAUGAUUUGUGUGAAAGACAAGGCAAUUAAUGGAACAAAUUCGACAUCUCACAGAAAGAAAUUCACAAUUCCAGAGUCGAGUAGACAUAGCGAACGAUUAAAGGAUGAGUGUAAUGUGCAGCUGAGUGUGGAAAGGAGCGGAAAAGAUGAAGCCAGAGCUUUGUGUGAGGAGAAAGACAAACAGAUAGAAGAAUUGAUUGACGAAAGGCGAAGUCUCCAACAUGAAGCGGAGAGACUGAAGGAGGAGACGAUCAUGCAGCAGAGACAGUUGCAUUUGAAAAAGAAAGCUGUUGAUAGUUUACGCAGGAAAAGAGACGAGAGACAGAGAGAAAUGAAUAGAAUGAGAGAAGCGAAAGGAGAGCUAGAACAAAGGGUAGAAGAGAUGAAUUUAUUGCUGAAAAAUGCAGAGACAGCAAGUGAAGAUGCAGAGAGAAGAUUAAGGGAGAACGAGGAGGUGCUGAACAUUGCAGCAGAAGACGUACAACUGAGUGAUAAGGAAAUAGGCAGUGGAGCAUUUGGAUCUGUUUGUGUUGGCUGCUGGCGUGGCUGCCCAGUGGCUGCCCAGUGGCUGUCAAAGUGUUACACAAG